AUGCUGUUUGCGGGAGCGUCGGCUGCUUCGAAAGUUCCGACGACCUCGUCGACUGCCAUUCAGCCUCCCUUUUCUGCUGUCAUCGCCGUCAGCUCCAUCACCCUGCUCAACUCUUUCUUCGGCUUGUCCGGUGCUUGCUGUGCCAUCUCACGGGACGGGGACUGGCGAGUGAGCUGCUGCAGCAACCGGCUCCUGAUGGCCUACUAUGUCAUUGUCCUGCUCAUGUGCUCGGGGCUAUUCUAUCUCAUGCUCCUCUGCUUCCUCUUCGCUGCCAAAGCUGCAGACUUCAUCGAGGCCUACUGGGUCUCUUGGUCGGAGCUCUUUCCGCAGGGUCAACUGAGUCAGGAGCAAGUGCACAGAGAUGUGGGAAAGUACGCGAACCUUGCUGGCUCCCUCUGCCUCUUCACCAUGCUGAUCAACAUCCUCUCCGCGCACCUCAGCGCCAUAGUGAUGGGCUAUCGCUACACCACCCGCAAGAGCAUCAUGAUCAUCAACCUCGUCGGCUUCGUCGUGGGGCUUGUCAUGAUUAUCCUCGCCUUCUUACCUGCCACUCGAGACGUCGGAGUGCAGAAGGGAUGGCUGCCUGAGCUCAUUGGCUCUAUCGGGGUCAUGGUGAUUUUCUUUGCCAUCUUCGGCUUUACUGCAGCAUACUACACAUGGGCAGCUUUCUUGCUCAUAAACGGGGUGUUGGAACUGUUCUUCGCUGCUCUUCUACUCUCCAUGGCGAUCGUUUGCUUCAUAGAUUCCAAACGAUCAGGCAGUGUACUUGCUGGGCAGUGGUCUUUCAUCCAAGAAAAGUUGAUCAAUGUCUGCCCAUCAUGCGCUGGAGAAGUCAACCAGGAGAUGAAGCAGAACUGCUGCAGCAAGCAGGCGUCUCUUGUCAUUUGGAGAAACCUUACGGUUCUGGGCGUGAGCGCAUCAACGUGCGUGAUGUUGAUGUGCAUGAAUGGGGCAAGCAGGUAA